AUGGUCCUUCCUCGAUCUGCCAUGCGCGGCUUCUCAGCUGCCCGUCUCCUCCGCUCCUCUGCCCGUCCUGCCGCUCGUGCUGUUGCCAGAAGAGGUUACGCUAGCGGCCACGGCCACUCAGCUCCCAGCAGCGACGUCCCAUGGAUUCUCGGCUCUGCCGGUAUUACCAUCCCCGGCGCCUGGUACCUCUGGCCCGAUUCAUCCAACGGUGAUGCUCACGGUCCUGGCGAUGCCCACGCUAAGCAGGUUGAGGAGCACCCUCACAUCGCCGAGUCUGAGGAGUCCGAGGAUAAGCCUCAAGAGGAGUCCAGCGAGGACGACUCCAAGGACGACUCCAAGGAUGACUCCAAGGAUGAGUCCAAGGACGAGGCCCAGACCGAGGCCCACGACCCCAAGGACGACGGCGAGGAGAAGGAUGAGGGCGGUGCUCUGAAGGAUGGCGAGGGUGAGAAGACCCAGGAGCAGCCCCAGGCCAACAACGAGCCCGCCGCUGGCGAGUCCAAGUCUAAGAAGACCACCGACGGCAAGAACAUGCCCGAGAACAAGGGCGAUGUUGAGGGUGUCUCGUUCAAGGGCCCCACCAACGAGGGUGAUUCUGACAACAAGAUGCCUGAUGAGCGCAAGCGCGAGCCCGACGGCAAGGGUGGCUUCAAGAAGCGUAUCGACUCUGGCUACGGCAAGAACCUCGGCGAGGGUCCCGAGCACAGAGAUGAUGGCUCCACAAGCGCUGCUACCUCCAAGACUACCGCCUCUGGAGAAGAAGGUGAUAUCAGCACAAAACAGAAGGGCUUGUCGACCACCCCCACCCGCCACAGCACCCGUAUCGACUUGGAUCCUGAAAUGUCGAAGAAAGGCGAGGGGGCUCCUGACACCGCCAAGUCCCAGGGAACUAUCUCAGUCAACAGACCGACCCCCGAGCAACAAAAGGGUCAACCUAAGGGCGAGGACAAGAACGACCAGCCCCGUGCUGACAAGAAGAAGGACGGAGAGUAA